AUGAAGAGUAAGAAUACUGGCACUACUGAUUUGAGAGCUUUCAUGAAAAGAGUUGCUGCAAAAAGAAAACAACCUGAACCAACGAGUGCUACCCCAUCUUCCAAUGAAAGUCAGAUGCAAUUGGUAAUUUUUGAAGGGCAAAGUGGUAGUGAGACACACACAAUACCACCUGAACCUGAGAGAGCUCCUCACACAGAGGCCCCAAUAGCAGAAGAUGAUGAUGAAUCUAUGGCCCUAGAUGAAUCUGAUUCUAGUGAUGAGGAUAGUGAUGAUGACAUUUAUAACAUCGAGCCUGAUCCUGGGUUGAGGACUCCUAUCUCAAGCUAUGAUGUUAAUGAACGAGAUUCAGUUAGAAGGGCCUACAUUGCAUUGGGACGAUGUAAACCAAAGAUGCGGAAGAAAGAUUUUCCGCAACAUGACUGCGGAGGUAAGCGUCGCUUCCAACCGGCUUGGUUUGAUGAGUAUAAGUGGCUUGAGUAUAGUGUGGAUAAAGAUGCUGCAUAUUGCUUUUUUUGCUAUUUGUUCAAAGAUAGUACUAAAUUUGCUGGUGGAGAUAGUUUUGUUAAUGGAGGGUUCAGAAAUUGGAAUAUGAAAGCGAGAUUUCGUAAGCAUGCUGGUGAGGUGAAUAGUGCUCAUUGUGAAGCCGAAGAGAAAUAUAAUUUGUUCAUCAAACCUAAAGCAUCAAUCCGUGAGGCCAUUUCCUCACAGACCACACAGUACAAGGCUGAGUAUCUAGCUCGAUUAAAAUGGUCACUUGAGUGCAUAAAAUUUAUUUUGCAUCAGGGGUUGGCUUUUCGUGGUCAUGAUGAGGGAAAGGAUUCUAAAAAUAAAGGAAAUUUCCGAGAACUUUUGCAAUGGCUGGCAGGCAACUUUGAAGAAGUUAAUAAGGUUGUUUCAGGAAAUGCUCCACAGAAUUGUCAGAUGAUAGAUCACAAGAUUCAAAAACAGCUUAUUAGUUCUUGUGCUCAUGAAACAACAAAAUUUGUCAUAGAGGAACUUGGUGAUGAGUGUUUCGCAAUUCUUGCUGAUGAAUCUAGUGAUGCAUACCAACAAGAACAGUUAGCUCUUUGCUUGUGAUUUGUCAAUAAAAUAGGGGAGCCGGUUGAAAGGUUUCUUGGUCUUGCUCAAGUUGAGGAUACUACAUCAUUGACUCUUAAAGAAGCAAUUCAGACCUUGCUUAUGAAGUAUCAAUUGCCGAUAUCCAAGGUACGUGGGCAAGGGUAUGACGGUGCGAGUAACAUGAAGGGUCAUGUUAAUGGUUUGAAGAAACUAAUCAUGGAAGAUUCUCCUUCUGCUUAUUAUGUUCAUUGCUUCGCCCAUCAGCUUCAACUAACCCUUGUAGCUGUUGCUAAGGAGAAUAUUGAUUGCAAAUGGUUCUUUGGGCACCUUGCAUAUUUGUUGAAUGUUCUUGGGAUGUCAUGUAAAAAGAU